AUGCCACUGCCAUUGCCGAGGGCCGACGAUGAACUGCCAAAAGGAGACGAGGAACUGCCGAGAGCAGACGAAGAAUUGCCCAGAGCAGAUGAAGAACCACCGAAAGCAGACGAAGAGCUCCCCAGAGCCGAGGACGAACUACCAAACGCAGAGGAGGAGCCUCCCAGAGCCGAGCUGCGGCCCAGCGUCGAGCUCGAGCUGCCGCCAGAACGCGACCGCGAACUCGAACUGCCCGUAUGA